UAGAAAAGGACGUUACAUUUACGAUAAGAUGAUAUGAAGAUUUAUAUGAAACAACCUCAAAAACAACAAAGAGGUAUUGCACUUGUAAGGUAAUUUCUACCAAUCAUACUUUACUCCUGGAUAUUACUUUGGACCAAACUGCCUUCAGAGAGAAAAAUUGCCAAAACGGUUUCACAUAAAAUGUUUUUGAGAAGAAGUUUGAUGAUUAUCAGAAAUGCUGUGAAUUCCAAUUGUCAGAAACUCAAAACUGGGCACAACAUAUCACUCAUUGAAAAUUUGAGGUCACUUCCUGCAAGACGUCAUUUGACUAUUGCAGCAGCAAGAGAAUCUUUAAAAGACCUAGUCGGUGGGUCACAAAAAUUAAUUGGAGCCAGUAAUGGAACGGAAAAAGUUGAGUUGGCAUACGUUGCAGAGUCACAGGAGGAACUUCCUGUGCGGAGUAUGUCUGACAGCUACUCCGAGCUGGUUAUCCCAUUGUCUGAUGUUGCUGCCCGACAAAAGUACCUCAAUCCAAGCAUGAAGGGAAUACGCUUUGGCAGGAUAUUGGAGGACCUGGAUACAUUUUCAGUGUAUGUAAGUUACAAACAUACAGUGGUUGACAGAUCUAAGAAAGCAGGAAUAUCCAUUGUCACAGCUCUAGUGGAUAGAAUUGAGAAACAAGCAGAAAUAGUUCCUGAUGUUGAUAUAAGUAUGACAGGGAAUGUGACCUGGGCUGGAAAGUCCUCUAUGGAGGUCACUACAACAUUACAACAGAAGGUGGAUUCUGGCACUCAUACCAUCCUUGUGGCCAAGUUUCUAAUGGUGGCAAGAAACCCUGCAACUAAAAAAUCAGCUGUUAUAUGUGGAUUGAAACCUCAAAAUCCAGAGGAGGAGAAGAUAUAUGACUUGGGGAAUGCAAGCAAAUUGAGAAGACAAGAAGAAGCUAACAAAAACCUUCUAAAAACCCACCCGAGUGAAGAAGAGAGAGAAAUGAUCCACCAAAAAUUUCUACAGACACUGGAUCCCAACUUCCAAACCUUUCGCCAGCGAGUGAAGCCAGACAACACUGUAUGGAUGGAAGAAACAAUUCUGAAAAACCUACAUAUCUGUUUCCCAGAGGCCAGAAAUCUGUAUAACAAGAUAUUUGGAGGAUAUCUAAUGAGGAAGGCCUAUGAGCUAGCCUGGGCAAAUACAGCUUUGUUCUGCUCUUCCAGAAACAUCACUGUUCGGGUUGUGGACGACAUUGCAUUUCUUAAGUCUGUGGAGAUCAGGUCUCUUCUUCUGAUGUCCUCUCAGAUUGUGUACACCCAGGACAAGGACAUACAGGUCCACGUCCAUGCUGAGGUCAUAGACCCCGACCUUGGGUCACGCAGCACCAGCAAUAACUUCCAUUUCACUUUUCGUUGCCAUGAACCCACCAUACCAGACGUCAUGCCAAAGACCUAUGCAGAAUACAUGUUAUACUUGGAUGGGAAGAGACACUUCGAAAGUUAAAUUAUUGGAAUCGAUAGCCCUUCGUCAGUCAUCUGGAUGUCAGAAUUAUACUCCUUAUUUAGAUUUCUCUACACAUGUAAUUCUUUGGUUUCUAUAUGUAAUGAAUAUAAUAUCACCACUUUAUUAUUUUUUUUUUUUGAAGAGUUGUUUUUAUUUACAACCAUGCAUGUAUGUGCAAUUUAAAUUAUCAUUGUUAUGAAUUUUACAAUAUAAGAAAAGCCAUUUCUAACUGUAAUCAUGUAAAAACAGCAUAAACUUGUGAUUGUAACUGCAAAUAUGCUGUAAAAAUAUUACAUUCAGCUGUGCAUGUAUUCUGUUUAAUGCUUUUCAAAGAAGUAGUUUCACCUUAAUUAAGUACAUAGCAUAUAGAUGUAUGUACAUGGCUACAUGCAAUAACAGGUUGAUACAUGUAUUCACUUGUAACUCACAAAGUCAGAUCUUACUUUCUGAAAAGUCAGUUUUGUUGAAUAUCAAACAUGCUUAUCAUACUAUGUUUACAGUAUAAUUGAUACUAACUGUGUCUAUCUUAGUCUCGUAGCUCAGGCACCUUAUUCUCAUUAAACUAUGUACAAUCUUAACACGGGUUUUACUCAAAAAAAGCUUUUUACAGCCUUUUUACUUUAUACCAAUUAAUAACCAACCAGUCUGCCACCUUUUGAUUUACUUGGAGACAUGAAUCAAAAUUUACUGAGUGAUUUUGUUAAAUCUUUUAAUCAGUAUAAAAUAUCUGAAAUGAACAAAAUAAAUUUUCACUACAUGAUGAUAUUCUAUUUCAAUUUACAUGCAUUUUUUUUAUUGAAUAUUAAAAACAAACAAUUCUGCAUUUAUUCAAAGUAUGCAAAAGUGCACCAAUGUACAUGUAGUUUCUUAAUUUACAAAAUAUAUUGUAUAGAGCAUAUAAAUGUUAAAAUAUGUAUACAUGUACAUGUACACACAUUAUUUAUUAACUAAAAGUAGUGCAGCUGUCUGAUAUUUUGACCUGUAUUUGUCUCAGAUGAAUGAGUCCUAUAUACCUGUAGUUACAGACUGUGAAUAUCCAGAAGGCAGUUUUAUUAUAUUCAAAAUUUUAUUGUUAAUCUAAAAGUUUUAAUAUAAAUUUUUUAUUAAGUAUAUCUACACAUUUGUUGGUUUAUUGUUCUUUUUUGUGUGCAUUUUUUUAUUAUGUUCUAUUGACAUGGAGUUAAAUUUUUUUUACUUGUGGACCUAAUUUAUAUGUAUUUACAAAUAUUCAUAUUUACACCUGUAGUUUUUCAAGAAUUUAUAUUUUUUUUUUUUGGUUCUUGAAAAUGUAAACAUGAAUAGUUGAUAUUACUAUUAAAUAUAAAAUAAACUAUUAAAUCAUAAUAAACAUACUUUGCUGAUCAUCAUAUUUUUUUAGCAUAAAAUUUAUCAAUUAACAUGCAGCUAAACACUUUUCCACUAGCAGUUGAAAUUUCAACUUGUUUGACCUUGAACUUUGACCUAUAAUGUAAGAGGGGUUUGAUGGUUAACAUAAAAAUAUAUAUAUACGUUUAAAAAUCUUCAUCUCAAGAACGACAAUGCUACAAUUUGUGAGAUUACUAUGCAAGCAUUCUAAGAUAGUGUAGAUUUAGAGGAGUUAUGCUAACAAACUGUUUCAGAAGUAUAAUGGCCAAAAUUAUAAUUAAAAAAUGGCUAAAUUUCCAGAAUAGAAUCAAAAUAUCCUAUGAAUGUGUGCAUCUACAUAUUAGACUUUGUUAAGGUGGUAACCAUCUAAAAUAAUAGACAUUAGGUUGAAAAGCAUUAGAGGACACUGCUUUGACCUUAACACAUGACUUUGAAAUUUGUUAAGCUGGCAUGCAUUGAACUUUAUUUUAAGCUCAUAACAAACUUACCUCACCUACAUGCAUUUUUUUUACCUGAGCAAAACUGAGCCAAUGGAAAAGAAUUCAUGGUUCAAAUCUUGAUUUUAAGAGAUCUGCUAUGACCUUCAAAUUUGAGCUAUAGAAACCAGGUUCAAGGUCACAACAUACCCUUUACUGAAUAGUCUUGUUUAUGUGAAGUAUGAGCCUGAUAGAGCUAAAAGGAAAGAGGGUACCCUGUUAUAUGCUCUGGACGACCUAGAAACUUUGAUCAAGGUGACUGCACAUUCUUUGACCAAAGGCACUCAGUUGGUGAAGUAUGAUCCAGAUUAGAAGGCCAACAACACCCUUUACUUAAAGUGGAAGUGAAAAGAAUGAGCCAAAUGUAGCUAUGGGAAGAGAAUAUAUGAAUAAAGUUUGAUGUGGUCUGAUAUGACCUUAACCCUUGACCUAAAAACUUUGCUUUGUUUAAGAUCACUGCAUAUCCUUUGAGUCAAGGCAGGAAGUUAUGAUCUGGACAAGGAUUUUUAUUUAAAUUUACAUAAUUCUGCUAUAACCUUAACCUUACGCUUAAAAACCCGGUUAAAGGUGAUUGCACACCCUUAACCACCCUUGUUUUGCAAUUUGAGCCAGCUACGUCUAAGAAAACAGAAUACCUAGAUAUGCUCUGGACAAAGAUUUUUUUAAAGUAGCUUGAUAUGACCUUGCCCUAGAAACUUUGUAUAAGGUCAAUGCACAUACUUUGACCAAAGGCACUCUGUUGGUAAAGUAUGAGCCAGAUUGAGCCAUAUUGAAAGAAAAUAAGGACAAGUGAUCUCGAAAGGACAGAGGAACGGAGAGAUUGAUCACUAUUGGAUGCCCAUUGAUCAGGGCCCUAAUUACCGGUAUGUGGAAUCGUUGAUUUCACGGUGGCUCAAUUUUCAUGAUAUUUGUGGGUAGCUCUCUCCCACAAUUUACAUCCUUGACAAAAACCAAUUAAGAUUUCUCUAACUGAAAACAUAUGCAUCUACAAAAUUAAAUCCCCACCAAUAAGCAAAAAUACCACAAUCCACAAAAAUUGGUGCCCACUAAUUUGUAAUGAUUCCACAGUAUGUCUAUUAAUAAAAUAUUUUCAUGAAAUUCUAUUCAGUUGCAUUAAAGGAGUUUGUUGACAAAUUGUUUCAGAAGCAUAUUCAUUUGUGGCCAAAACUUUACAAUCAAGAGUGGCAAAAUUCCCUCAAAACAAAAAUGGGAACUUCUUGCAAUAAUUCAUUGUGACAAUGUUUUUAUUGCCUCAAAUUUUCAUAAGAUUAUCGGUCAUUUAUUGGUUCCAGAGGAGUUUCAUCGAAA